AUGCUCUCGUACAUGCUGCCAGUCGAGGAAAAAUCGCCAUCCGCAACGGCUGCAGCGGCGCGCAAUCUGAGCCUCAAUCUGACCAGCACCGCGACCGCAACCACCGGCAGCUCCGCGGGAUCGGCCGGUACGAGCGUGACCUCCGGUUCUGGUGCCGGCUCCGUGCCGGUGGCCGUUUCGUCGACCGUUGCAACGCGCUCCAUCAUCAAACCCACGAUCAAACACGCUGCGAACCACCGUUAUCAGCUGAUCGCAGGCACACCAGAGCCCAGGAAGCUGCUGUCAGGUGCGAGUGAGGCCGGCCUGCAACGCCGUUGGCCUGACGAACCGUCGGGACAGUGCGACGAGAGCACCAACCUGCUUGGUGGUGAACCCGAGGACGACGAGGAAGACGAUCGUCCUGCAGCGGAACGUCCACGUGCCGGUGGUGUGUCUAGUGCGGCCUCUGUCACAUCCUCGCCGGGUCUCGUGACGAGUGACAGGAACUUCAACAAUCUGAUCGUAGUGACGAACGGCAAGCAGAGUGCCUCGAAAGCCACCAACGGUAAUCAUGUGGCCACACCGAGGCUCGCCGGUGUGCUGAAGCCGGUGAGCAGUGGUGGAGGCGUUGCAGGUGCACACUACAACGGUUAUAUGGCCGUCAGCGGGGACAAUGAUGACGAGCAUCACCGGUUGUUGGUUAGUGCGAACAACCUCCGCAAUACGGCGGUUGAUGGACAGCAGCAGGAGUGGUGUCGCGCGGGUUCCGUCGAUGUUCCAUCAGGUCCUGGAUCAGGUUCUGCCGCAGGAUCUUCUAUCGCGUCGGCUGGAACAGCAACGGCUCGCACCAACGGUAACUGCCGCACUAUGAACAGCCUGAAUGGCAAUCUAACGACGGGUGUGGUGGCUGCUGGGGACGCUGUUGCACUACCCUUAGAGACACCUGAUCUGGGUGGAGGGACUACGGCUGAUACGUCCCUUGGUAGUGACUCCGAUUCGGCAACUGGUGCUGGUUCUGGUUCCGGUUCCGGUGCGGUUCCGGCCGGAGGCAGCAAGAAGGUGAAGCUGAACAAGCUCGGCGGCAAUAAGAACGUCACACUGAAGAGAGUGUCGUUUGGCUCGUCGAAAGGCUCGAUGGUGGAAACGCUCGUGUUCGAGACACCGACUCCACUGCCUGAGCAUGCCGAGCGCGAGUUCUUUCAGUCUCCAGCAGUACUGGCCGGUGCCGGACAUACGACUCUCUACAGUGGUGGAAGUGGGCUUGGUGGAGGCGUUAGCGGUUCUGGCACGCUGGUGCACCAUCACUACCCCUCGGCGGCUCUGUCCGGGCCACACCACCUGCACCACCAUCAUCACCAUGCCCCGCCGCCCCACCAGCAGUACCAUCCGCAGUACUCGGGUGGGUACCAUCCACUAGACGGUGGUACAUCAGGACUCCACGACGACAGUGGCAUCGAGCUUCAGGAAGAAGUAGAGCGCUCGAAAGUGCGUGUGUCAUUCUUCCAGAGCAGCAAACCACAAUCAAUCAGUCCACCGGAGUCACUGCACCUGUACGGUGCCCAGAGUCUGAUCCAGUUCGGUGGAGGCGGUAACGGCGGCUAUGAAAACAACAACUCACCGCUAGACACCUACAUCACCUCGGCAGCGCUCAACCAGCAGUACGACUCGCUGUCCAGCCAUCAACAGCAGCACACGCAGUUUCCGCCGGACCACCGGGAUCCCAAUAUGGCCGCUGUCUACGGAGGUACCAACGUUCCGCCAUCGGCCUUUAACCGACAAAUGAGCACGGAAUCGGGUUGGGACAAUCCCUUCAGACCGGGAGGAGAUCUUUCACGGGAAGCGGAUGAAAUAGUCAAUCUGAUCAAAGGUGGAAAACCGAUCACACCUACCGGCGACCAAAGCUUAGUGAACGGAAGCACUCCAAAGGACAACCACAGUAACGAGGAUCCGGGUGCGACGGUGCUGGAUGGUGCGGUAACGAAGCAUGAGGCCUCGCAGCUCCAAGCGAGCCAGCAAAAUGGCACCAAAUCGCCCCAUAAAACCGCGCCCGGUGGCACGAUGGCUGGUACGGGUUCGCCUCUAGCGGCGAAAAAUGGCACUACCGGUGGAGGCGCAACCGAUGGUGGUGUUGGUGGUAACAACAGCAGCACGACACCGAUCAGCAACCAGGUGAUACCGGGCCCGCAGUCCGCCUCGCACGUCGUCAUCGAUGAGAAGAAGAAGAAAAAAUGCACCUGCUGCGUAAUACAGUAGAGCGGCGGUUGGAUCCGUGUGCGACGCAUCUUCCUUACCCCGCUUCUACCCACCCACUCCACGUGCGCGCGCGCGCACAUCCCGCUGAUCCCGCUUUGCGCGAAGACGCGGUGUGCGGGUCGAACGGAACGGAAGUGCAAGUGCGAACGGCAAGCUGGCCUGCUUUUGGCACACCUUGGUCGGGAACCGGUCAUCUGUGCGAUAUAUCUUUAUACACAUAUAUAUUUAUAUAUAUACAUAUAUUUAUAUAUGUUCGUGCGGGACGCAUUGAUGGACGGGCAUUCAAAGAAACACCGCUACAUAACAUAAUACAUUACACAGAGACACGCGCGCGUGCGAUGAGAUUCACAUACCACAUGUAAAAAAAGCUGCACGCGUGUGCCCACACUCACAUACCUUCACACACACACACACACACUUACACCUGCAUGGCGCAACGUGCUCUGCUACGGCGCUGUAGGGAUCUGUCAGGACUACUAGCGGAAGGAUACUAAUCGACGUGCUUUGUUACGAGAUUGGAAGGCGAUG